AUGGCGCUGCCUGGCCGGUGCUUCCGCUUCCAGGCUGAGAGCUGCGGCAUGCACCCCGACCGAUCGCUCUGCCCCUUCUGCGGCGCACCCAAGCGCGGCCACGUCUGCCGCUGGGCGUGGCCCGUCCGCAGCAAACCUGUCCCCGCCGCCACGCCCGGCGUCCAGCCACGGGGUGGCAGCGCCCGCAUCCAGCUGUCGCAGCAGCUGCGCUCACCCCCCGACGCGCCCGACUCUGAUUCCUACUCGGCUGAGAGCAGAGAGGGGCCGGCUGCCGAGGGCUGGCUGAGCGAGGGCCCUCAUGUCGGCGAACGGGUGCUACGGCGGGUCAAGGGCCACGGCGUCGUCCGCGCGGCGGUGCGCCUCUACCUGCCGCCAGGCGAUGCGGAGGACGAGCCCGCGCUGUGGCGGAUCGAGCACGACGACGGCGACUCGGAGGAUUUGGAGGAGCACGAGCUGCGGGAGGCGAAGGAGCGGCUCGAGCGCAGCGCCGCAGCAGCUAGGACCCGAGGCCAAAAGCAGAGGGCUUGA